AUGCAGAAGCUGUGUCACCAAACUGCGCUGCCGGCGCGGUGCGCGCGCCCGCGCCUGCACACGCGAUGCGUCGCGCGUCGGAGCGCGGCCCGCGGCGUCCGGGUCGCAUACAAGCCGAAGGGGAGGGAGGACGCCCAGGCGGCGCACGCGAACGAGCAGGAGGCGCGCGUGGCGAGGAUGCAGGCGGUCGAGCUGCUGAACGGUCCGUUUGACAUUGACAACUACCGCAAGGCUCUCCACGACGACUUCGUCAUGACGCGGCCUUUCGAGGACCUGCGCGUCGGCAAGCAAGGGUUCCUCGCGAUGCUGACGCAGCUGGUCGACUGCUUCCCGGACCUGAACUACGGCUGGCUCACCUCCGGCGAGCUCAACAGCCGCGGACUGUGCCCGGCCACCGCGGUCAUCCGCGGGUGCCACGCAGGCGACGAGUACGCGCCGUUUGGCAUCGGGCUGCUGGCGGUGCCCCCCGGGGACCACCCGAAGAGCUUCGAGAUCUGCUGCUCGACGCUCCUGCGCUUCGACGACGCGACGGGGAAGCUGGUGGAGCUCCAGAGCCUCUCCGACGCCACCGUCGGCGGCUCGUGGGCCAUUUACCAGCAGCUGGGCGCGGACCCGCUCGCGCGGCUGCUGCGGCUGGUGAAGCAGGCGUGGGGGUCGUGGCACACGGAGGAGAUCUUCGGGAAGCACCUGCACCCGGACUUCAUGUUCUACUCGAGCACGCACCAGCUCGACCGGCGGCAGUACAGUGAGCGCGUGGCGUACCUGCGCGAGGUGAUGCCGGACGUGCACGCGGAGCACUUCGACACGCCCGUCACCGCGCGGCUGAUGCCCUCGGGGCAGCUCCUGACCAGCUUCGACAUCGUCGGGCACCACACGGGGGCGGAGUACGUGCACCCGUACGUCGGCGACAACCGCCCGGUCAUCCCGGCGAGCGGCAACAAGGUCCGCCUCACGAAGCGCGUGCUGCUGUCGUGGCGGGACGGCCUGCUGUACCGCAUGGUGGACGCCGGGAGCGAGGACCUGUGGACGGCGCUGGCGCGCGCGGGCAACUUUGGCACCGAGGCGGGGACGAUCACGGAGUCGUGGGACGACUGGACGGCCGGCCGCGUGGCCUUCUAG